UCGGCACAGGAGCAGUCCGCGCGGGUCCUGACUGGCGCAUGCGCAGCGGGUGCGAGCGGCGUCGGCCAUGGACGACGAGGAGGAGACGUACCGGCUCUGGAAGAUCCGCAAAACCAUCAUGCAGCUGUGCCACGACCGUGGCUACCUCGUGACCCAGGAUGAGCUGGACCAGACACUGGAGGAGUUCAAAGCCCAGUUUGGGGACAAGCCCAGUGAAGGGCGGCCGCGGCGCACAGACCUCACCGUCCUGGUGGCCCACAAUGACGACCCCACUGACCAGAUGUUCGUCUUUUUCCCGGAGGAGCCCAAGGUGGGGAUUAAGACCAUCAAGGUGUACUGCCAGCGCAUGCAGGAGGAGAACAUCACUCGCGCCCUCAUCGUGGUACAGCAGGGCAUGACGCCCUCCGCCAAGCAGUCUCUGGUGGACAUGGCCCCCAAGUACAUCCUGGAGCAGUUUCUGCAGCAGGAGCUGCUCAUCAACAUCACAGAGCAUGAGCUGGUCCCGGAGCAUGUCGUCAUGACCAAGGAGGAGGUGACGGAGCUGCUGGCCCGAUAUAAACUCCGUGAGAACCAGCUGCCCAGGAUCCAGGCGGGAGACCCCGUGGCACGCUACUUUGGGAUAAAGCGUGGGCAGGUGGUGAAGAUCAUCCGGCCCAGUGAGACGGCGGGCAGGUACAUCACCUACCGGCUGGUCCAGUAGCCCCCACCCUCAACAGCCCCGGAGAUGGACAGACAGACAGCGACCACUAUUGUCUUAAGGACGGAUGCCCCUGCCCUGCUCUGCGGGAGUCUAAUCCUCCCCAAGCCUCACCCCUGCUCUUCUGGACUCUUCAAGGCAGGUGGCCACUACCUUGUUCACCUUUCCUGGUGUGAGGUUUCCCAGGGCCUGGCUGCUUGAUUCACCUGUGGAUCUUCAAGGGAUAGGGCCCCAGGAGGGACAAGACCCCAGCGGGGAGGACAGCGGGGGCAGCUGGUGCCACGUGGCAGUACUGUGUCAUUGCCCAGUCUGCACUGACUCCCCCGCAGGGGGGCUUGGGGUCUGCAUCUCCUGCCAGCCGCUGUUUCUUUCCAGGCUCUCACCCCCUAUUGCCUCAUCUUCCCUCCUGAGAGGGCCCUGACACCUGGCUGAUCCCCCACCCCUUGGCUCGCCUGCCAGGGGCUGAGGUUUGGGUCACAGGCGCGCACGCUUGUGUGUGUAUGUGUGUGUGUGUGUGGCCUGAACCCGUGAGCACUCUGAGGUCAGCAGCGUUCGCGAUUACAAUUCAUUUGGAGUUUUCACUUGCUGUAGAAUGUUGGAUAUUUCCAAACUUUUAAGAUAUUUUGAGUUAAUAAAUGUGUUUGUUUUAAAAACCAA